GCAGGCGGUAGGGCUGCGGUAGGGGCCGGGCGGCACCAUGGCGGCGGCAGCGCCUGCUGCGGCGGCUUCUCCCGAGGCGCCGGCCGUCACGGGCACCGCAGAACCCGAGACGGGAGACGAGGACAGUCGUGAGGUCCGAGUGCUGCAGAGCCUGCGCGGCAGGAUCUAUGAAGCAAAAAAUUUAUUGCCAUAUCUUGGACCCAACAAAAUGCGAGAUUGUUUCUGCACUAUAAAUUUGGACCAGGAAGAAGUUUAUCGCACCCAGGUUGUUGAAAAGUCUUUAAGUCCAUAUUUCAGUGAAGAAUUUUAUUUUGAGAUUCCAAGAACUUUCCAGUAUUUGUCUUUUUAUGUUUAUGAUAAAAAUGUUUUACAAAGAGAUCUUCGUAUAGGAAAAGUAGCCAUCAAAAAAGAAGACUUGUGCAGUCAUAGUGGUAAAGAAACUUGGUUUUCACUGCAGCCUAUUGACUCCAAUUCAGAAGUUCAGGGAAAAGUUCACCUUGAAUUAAAACUGAAUGAAUUGAUAACAGAGAACGGGACCGUGUGCCAGCAGCUUGUUGUACACAUCAAGGCCUGCCAUGGGCUGCCUCUCAUCAACGGACAAAGCUGUGAUCCCUAUGCCACAGUCUCCCUCGUGGGCCCUGCUAGGAAUGACCAAAAGAAAACAAAAGUAAAGAAGAAAACAAGCAAUCCGCAGUUCAAUGAAAUCUUCUAUUUUGAGGUAACCAGAUCCAGCAGUUACACCAGGAAGUCCCAGUUCCAGGUGGAAGAGGAGGACAUUGAGAAGCUGGAGGUCAGAAUUGACUUGUGGAAUAAUGAAAACCUAGUCCAAGAUGUUUUCCUGGGAGAGAUUAAGGUUCCUGUCAAUGUGUUAAGAAAUGAUUCCUCUCAUCAAGCCUGGUACUUGCUACAACCAAGAGACAAUGGAAACAAGUCAUCUAAAACUGAUGACCUGGGAUCUCUUCUAUUAACUCUGUGUUAUACAGAAGACUAUGUGCUUCCGUCAGAGUACUAUGGACCGUUGAAAACUUUGCUGCUAAAAUCACCAGAUGUUCAGCCAGUAUCCGCCUCAGCUGCUUAUAUUUUGGGUGAAAUAUGUCAAGAUCAAAAGGAUGCUGUUUUGCCCCUUGUGCGACUGUUGCUGCAUCACAAUAAGCUUGCUCCUUUUAUCACUGCGGUGGCUGAACUGGACUUGAAGGAUACUCAAGAUGCCAACGCAAUAUUUAGAGGAAACUCCCUGGCUACCCAGUGUCUGACUGAGAUGAUGAAGAUAGUGGGAGGGCACUACCUGAAAGUCACCUUGAAGCCUGUUCUAGACGAGAUAUGUGAAUCCUCGAAAUCCUGUGAAAUAGAUCCUGUUAAGUUGAAAGAGGGAGAUAAUGUAGAGAAUAAUAAGGAGAAUCUGUACUACUAUGUGGACAAAGUGUUCAAUACGAUUGUAGGAUCAAGUGUGAGCUGCCCCACUGUGAUGUGUGAUAUUUUUUAUUCUCUGAGGCAAAUGGCUGCUAAGAGAUUUCCUAAUAACCCUCAUGUUCAGUACUCUGCAGUGAGCAGCUUUGUGUUUCUUCGUUUCUUUGCUGUAGCGAUACUCUCACCUCAUGCUUUUCAUUUGCGACCUCAUUAUCCAGAUACACAGACAGUUAGGACAUUAACUCUCAUCUCAAAAACCAUUCAGAUUAUUGGAAACUGGGGAUGUCAAUCCAGAAGAAAGUCACGGUUCAAAAAGUCAGUCAUGUGUGAAUUUCUCAAAAUGUUUCAAGAAGAAAAAUAUUUUACAGACGUGAAAAAGUUCUUGGAUGAAAUUUCGUCUACGGAAAGUAAAGAGACCAGUGGUACGAGUGAGCCUGUGCACCUGAAAGAAGGUGAGAUGUAUAAAAGAGCCCAAGGAAGAACCCGGAUUGGAAAAAAGAACUUCAAGAAACGAUGGUUCUGCUUGACAAGCAAAGAGCUCACCUACCACAAACAGCAAGGCAAAGAUGCAAUUUACACUAUUCCAGUAAAAAACAUUCUUGCUGUAGAAAAACUAGAAGAAAGCUCUUUCAACAAGAAAAAUAUGUUCCAAGUGAUACAUACAGAGAAAACGCUGUACAUCCAAGCAAAUAACUGUGUGGAAGCCAAUGAAUGGAUCGACGUGCUGUGCAGGAUGAGCAGGUGCAACCACAACAGGCUCAGCUCUUUCCACCCUUCCGCGUAUCUCAACGGAAACUGGCUCUGCUGCCAGGAGACAAGUGAAAGCACACCAGGCUGCAAGCCAUGCACUGCAGGCAUCCCUGCAGACAUCCAGAUAGAUAUCGAUGAAGACAGAGAAACAGAAAGAAUUUAUUCCAUUUUUACCCUCAGUUUACUUAAGCUGCAGAAAAUGGAAGAGGCCUGUGGAACUAUAGCUGUGUAUCAGGGGCCACAGAAAGAACCUGGUUAUUCUAAGUUCACCAUUGAAGAUUCUGUCGCAACCUUUAAGACAAUUCAGCAAAUAAAAAACACCAUAGAGAAGCUAGAUGAACCUCAUGAGAAAUACAGAAAGAAGAGAUCAAGUAGCGCGAAGUACGGAAGCAAGGAAAAUCCAAUUGUUGGAAAAAUAUCAUAGUUUAACCAACUGAUGGAGAACUGGAAAAUACUCUUUUUCAUCGAGUUCUUCAGUUCAGCCUGUUUUGUUCAUAGUAUGUAAAAGCGGACAUUGGCUUUGAUGACACCUGUUGUCACAGUGUAUUUAAUAUUUAAUGACUGAAGUUAACUGUUUGGGGAUCCUGAUUUGAAACCCAAGAUUUCCUUCAUAUCCGUGCAUCCAAAUCCAUGUCUCUACAACUUCCUUUUGAUAGAAAGGGUCUUUCUAAGGAAGCUCCCCAGGAAGCUUUGUAAUAAGGGAGCACUCAGCAGGAAGAAGCCGUCUCUAUGUGCAGCACUCCUGUGUCAUUCACUGCCAUUAGUGCCUGCUCUGUGCUGCCAACACCGAGUAUACUACAGAAUUCCAGUUCCUUGUCAGGUCAGGACUUCUCAUCAAGUUCAUCUGGACCUUCAAUCUUUAAAAAAGAAAGAAAAAGAAAAACAAAACCUUUUUCUCUGUUGUGUUAGCCAUUACAGGUUAGAGACAGACACAAAGAUGUCUGAACACCUUUGAAAGUUGGUGGGUGUCUGGCCUGGUCACAGGUGUGAGAGUGCUCAGCUGUCAGGGAAUGUGUGCUUCUGUGUGCACCAUGUUUACAUUGUCAUGAGCGAUAGUGCGUGAGACAGUGGACCACUAAAGUGUUCUCCAUUGUUCAGCUACCAGGUACUCUCUUUUUAAAGAAGAAAAAAAAAGAUUUAUUUUUAUUUAUAUGAGUACACUAUAGCUGUCUUCAGACACACCUGAAGAGUACAUCAG